ACAUCUUAUAUUCCUGUCUCAAAUUGAGUCGAAGAUAUAAUAAUCUCAACGACGUCUUCAUACUUCUGGUCCAAACCAAUCGAAAACGAGAAUGAUCCAAAAAAUACCACAAGACCUCCAAUCCUUGGCAUCCGAGGCAAUGAAGAUGCCUCCCUUGUUCCACGGCAAGUCAUCGAAAAACCCUAAAAAGAGUUUGGUCUCCACGACUCUCUGUUUGUCGUCUUGUGAAAACCCUAAUAAGAGGAAGAUGAACUCUAAUGAUGAUCCCAAGUUUUCUUGCAGACCAAGCGAUGACAACUCGACCAAAGAAGAAAGAAAGAUUAAACGAAUGAGGUAUCUCUCGAACGAAGAAAAGGCAGAGGAAGAAUGGUACGGUGUUUCAACAGAACUAACACUCUUCAAAGAUCCAUGGAUCAUCAAGAAAGAACUAACAAAUAGCGAUCUUGGCCAACUUAGCCGUCUUCUUCUUCCUACUGGCCCCAUUGAGGAUCACAUUAUCAAAUAUCUAAACAAUGAUGACAAAAAUAAUGUCCAACAAGGGUUAGGAAUCACGGUCGAUGUGUACGACCACGACACUGAUUCUACGUUCGAGCUGAUUCUAAAGAGAUGGACAACGUUGAAUAGUUAUGUUUUAAACGGAGGCUGGCGAAUGUAUUUUAUCCGUAGGAGAGGUUUGAGAAAAGGCGACCAAAUUGGACUGUUUUGGGAUCGUUUUGCUUCGAGGCUUCACUUUCGUGUGCUUUCUCGUGCAGCUACAGAAGUUUUUGUUGAUCAGAAGAACCCUAACUAAACUAGCUAUAUAUGUUGGAGCAAUGAGUGGAGCGAGAUAUUCUUCUCUUUUUUAGGCUUUUCAAGUUUCUUAUUUACGUUUGCAUAACUUUUUUUUUUUUCAGAAACAUAAUUUUCUUAACAUGAAUUAAUUAUUAGAAUCAAAGUUAGUCUUAAUC